GCACUUCUCUCUGAGACGCGGAGAAGAAGCCUUUCCGCUGUAUUCUUUUAAGGACCGUAGGGGAGAGUAGAAAAUCUGAUGGGGAAGAGGAAAGAGCGUCGCUUCGCCGCUAAUAAUACGAGUCGUCGUGUCAAGCUUGAUCUCUUCGCGGAACCCUCUGGAGAUUUGGGUGGCUCAGAUGUGCGUAGUGAUGGAGAUGAGAAGGAACAAACAGAGCCUAAUGAGUUACCUAAGUCACCUUCUUCUUCAGGUGGGUUCCAUCAGCUAUCUUCAGUUCCGCUCUAUGUUGUAGCAACGCCCUUAGACACAUGUUAUGUUGUUUCCCCCCCACCCAAAAAAUUGUUGUUCUCAGAGUAGAGAGUGGAUGUGGUGUUGGGGACAUCGUAUUCGUAUGACACCAGUUCAGGCCAAGGCACAGUGAUAUUAUGAAUGAGUUGCCCUGUUUUUGCAGCUUCAAGCUUACUAUAGCUUAGUGGAGACUUUCUUCUGGAAGUAGCAGUAGCUCAUAGCGGUCGCUGAUUAAUCCUUCCCCGACGCUAUUUUUCAUCCUUUUAUAACUUAAUUAUGCAACCUAAAAUUGUCACAUAGCUAUUCUUUUUCUCAUCAGUUUAUAUAACUGAAGACUAGUUAUGUAUUUAGUGGGGCUUCCGAAGUUUGACGCUUUAGUCUUUUUGUUUUCAGGUCAGAAAACAGAGAACCCUUUGCUUUUACUUGGACAAUAUAGUGAUGAGGAGGAGGAGGUGGAAGAUGAGAAAGAGGAUAAGGCAGAUGAUGCCACUGCCGAAAGUUCUUUAGCCAAUAAAAAUGAGAAGGUUGAAGCACACAAAGAUACAAAUGUCAAAUCUGGUGCAGAUACGACUAUGCAGAUGGUUGACCAACAACAAACAGGGGAGGAUCCUUCUGCUUCUUAUUAUAUGGUGGAAGGGGGAAGUGGUUAUGUAACAGCAAGUAACUCAACUGCCGCGGAUGGACUUACCAAGCAGAUAGAUCCCUCCGUGCAAGCAUCUGCCACCGUGUCUUUGGAGCAGUAUGCUCCCACGGAUGUUACUUCGCAGUGGAAGAUGAUUUUGCAUGAGGAGAGCAAUCAGUAUUACUACUGGAACACACUAACUGGGGAAACUUCGUGGGAAAUUCCUGCGGUUUUGAGUCAAACUGCUACGGCAUAUGGGACUGGAUAUCAUGAGUCUGGGGCUAUGGUUACAGACGCGUACAACUUGAGUUCUGGUGUUGAACCAAGCUAUUUGCAACAACCCGUGGAAAAUGUUUAUACAGGAACUGAUUGUUCGACCUCUCUGACAGCUCAGCCGGGUGAAGGAAACAAAAGUGAAGAUCAUUAUGUCAAAAGCUUCGGAACUGAUGGUCAUCAAGUUGAAUGUCAGAUAGACUCUGCUGUUAAUUACCAACCAUCUCAGGAGGAGCUUGCAGGGCCAAGAAAUUCAGAUCAUGUGCAGGCUACUGCUGCUCAAGUAGCGGCUACUGACCUCCCGUCUCGCCUGUUGAGCCAAAGCGAAGGCUUACUGGAGAAGCUGAGGUCUCUGAAGAAGUCUCAUGGGAACUUUCACAGCAAUGAGCAGAUAUCAAAGUACAUACUGGAGCUUGAAGUGAGACAUUCUGAUGUAAAGGCGCUGUUAAAUGAUGCCUCGCCUUUACUUUCCUUUUGGCUCCACACUGAGAAAGAACUCAAGCGUCUGGAAGACGGCGUUAACGAUGAGAUUUACGAGCUUGCAAAAUCUGCAGUAAUGGAUGGAAUUGCAGAAACUAACAAUAGCUCUCCCGAAGAAAAGUUGGUGACAGAUGAUAAUACAGCAAGUGAAACUCAUGACAGUGGGAGAGAAGGAGAGUUAGCUCAAUCCGGAAAAACUCUUCAUUCAGAUGAAUCAGUGGAUGGUGAUGGAUCUCCCACCCGCUCCCAAAGCCAUCCAGCUGACAAGUCUGAUAAUGUUACUCCUUUAGAUGAGAUUCAGAAGGUAGGCUCCUCAGUUGUGGAAGAUGUUGACAUGGAUGUGGAUAUGGAGGUUGAAGAAUCAGUUUCAUUGUCUCCUGCUCAAGUGAUAGAUGCUUCAGAUACAUCCAACCUUCACGCAGAUGUUCCACCGCCUCCGGGGGAAGAGUGGGUUCCACCACCGCCUUCUGAGGUUGAAGAUGUUCCACCACCACCGCCUGAUAGUUUUAGUGAACCAGUUCCUCCACCUCCUCUUGAAAACGAUCAUGCCCUUCCACCCUUGUCCAGUGACUCUGUGGGAGUACCCUACACCGUACCGCAAUCUUAUAUACAGCAAUCUGCUGAUUAUGCUGCACAAUACAACUUAUCCUAUCCAGAGUCCAGUUACCAAUAUAUUACCAAUGCUGUUGCUCCUAACACUCAGUUCUAUGGCCAAGUCGACGGAUCUCAAGUCUCUCUGCCCCAGUCGGCAUAUUACUACGAAACUGUUCCUGGUACAAGUGAAGUUGCUCCUGUUGAAGCUUUUUACAAUCUCAAUGGCGUAGCUCCGCUCUUUCCAGUCUCUGCGGAGGCAUCACUGAAUCACGGUGGAGUUGGUUCUGCUAGCUACAACAUCCCAAGCGAUUCUUCUAAAGCUGUAGAGCCUAGCUCUAAAUCCAAUGAUUCUGCUGAAGCAGCAUCUUUGGGCAUUGCUACUCAGUCCACAGACGGAUCGUCUCAGUUAGCAAAGGGCCAAUCUAAAGUGAAACGGCCUAAAAAGCGGACAGUUUCUGCCACUACAUCCACAUUGAGGUCAAAUAAAAAGGUUUCGAGUUUGGUGGACAAGUGGAAAGCUGCGAAAGAGGAGCUAAAUGAUAGUGAAGAAGAGGAAGAAGAAGAUGAUUACGGGGUCCUGGAUAGAAAACGACGACGAGAAAUCGAAGAAUGGAAGUCACGACAGAUUGCGAGUGGAGAGGCUAAAGACAAUGCUAACUUCCAACCCCUCGGUGGUGACUGGCGUGAGAAAGUAAAAAGGAGGAAAGAACGAACGGGACGUGAAGCUGAUGAGCCUAAGAAAAAAGACGAGAAGCAACAAAAGCCUGAUCUGACAAAACUCUCAGCACAUCUUCCCUCUGGAUGGCAGGCGUAUUGGGACGAGUCUACCAAAAAAGCUUACUAUGGGAAUACAGUUACAUCUGAAUCCUCUUGGACACGACCCACCACCAACAACUGAAUCUCUUAUCUGUUUCCUUCACCCAAAGUUUUGUCACUUAUAUUUCUAGAAUAAUAUACGUGUUUUAGAUUUUCUCAUCUUUUAUGUAAAUUUAUUACAUACCUCCUCAUGUUGCAUGUCCCAUUUGUCGGAUAC